CAAAGUUUCCUUUGCGCCUGCCGUUAGAAGAAUUCCGUCCUAUCUUCAACAUCUUCAAAGUUAAAAAACGUCAUGGCUGCAGUAUACAAGUCGCUGACUAACGGCCACUCCAAAGGCUCGGGAGAAGGCCCCGCGUUGAGGAAAGACAACCGACAGAAAGUCCUAUUGUUAAGUUCAAGAGGGGUCACCUACAGGCACCGACACUUGCUCAAUGAUCUCCAUGCGCUUCUCCCUCAUAGCCGACGAGAGUCCAAACUCGACACAAAAACCAAACUCUACCAGUUGAACGAACUGGCCGAACUCUACAACUGCAACAAUGUCCUGUUCUUCGAAGCCAGGAAAGGCAAGGACCUCUAUCUAUGGCUGAGCAAGCCUCCCAACGGCCCGACCAUCAAGAUGCACGUUCAGAACCUCCACACCAUGGACGAACUCCACUUCACCGGCAACUGCCUCAAAGGCUCCCGCCCCAUCCUCUCCUUCGACGGCGCCUUCGACUCCGCCCCCCACCUCCAACUCCUCAAAGAAAUCUUCACUCACACCUUCGGCGUGCCCCCCGGCGCCCGCAAAUCCAAGCCCUUCAUCGACCAUGUCCUCUCCUUCACCAUCCUGGACGGAAAGAUCUGGAUCCGCUGCUUCCAGAUCGGCGAGACCGAGUCCACCGACAAGAAGAGCGCCCUGGCUGAGGACGGUGCGUUGCCGCUCCCGAAAUCCGCGAAACGCGGUGACACCAACGUCAGCCUCGUGGAGAUCGGCCCGCGGUUCGUGCUGACGCCGAUCGUGAUGCUGGAAUCGAGCUUCGGGGGCCCUGUGAUCUACGAGAACAAGGAGUUCGUGUCGCCGAACCAGGUGCGGUCGGAGCUGCGGAUGUCGAAGGCGGGGCGGUUCCAGAGUCGGGCGAAGGCGGGCGGGGAUAGGAAGGCGAGGAUUGCGGAGUUGGGGCUGUCGACGGAGGCGGCAGGGAAGGGACCGAAGGAUCCGUUGGAUGAGAAGGUGUUGUUUUCUUGAGGUGGGGGGUUGAGUCGUGUUCGAUGAGGCUUCCGGAGUGCAGCAGACCCAUUACACAACUGCGCUUGUUGCGACCUGGUAUCAGUAUCAUUCUACGAGGAUCGGCCUAAUAGAGCUGGUCCAAGCACCAUUCGAGUAUCAGAGAAUGGAGCUGCUAGACCAUGAUUGCUGUCUAGGUCUGCUCCGAAAGGGUUAGGUCAAGUCUAUCAGCCCUAUGGAUGAGCAUUG